CUUACGACCACCAUGGCCUCAGAAGAAGAUCAACAACCUCAAGCCCAUGUUGAUGAACGUAGGGAAGAGCAGCCAGUGCCUCAGGAGUCAAACGAGGAGGAAACGGACGCGUUAGCAGAGGCGUCAGAAGAGAGAGCGCCGGAGACGGUCAAAUCGCCGAUAUUGCCCGAAAUUCCACUCAGCAACGAUCUCGAGCUUGAUCUGGACUCAAUUCUGUCUCCAUCGAACCCACCGCCAACAACGGAUAAGGUCCAGAAGAGGGCUAGCAGUGUGCUCAAGCUGACACAAGAGAAUGAGAAACUCAAAGCAGAACUGAAAGCCAUGACGGACCGUCUUGAAGCAGCCGAGCGAAGGAGAUUGGCUCUGGCCAGGAAGGAGCAACACAUUAUGGAGCCACCGUCGAGCUGA